UCUCCCAGCCGCAGCCACAGACACAGCCCGGGCCGGAGCAGACACAUGGGGAACUGCCUGCAGCCGGUGUCCCUGACCCUGGCCGACAACUCCAGCCAGCAGGACUGGGGAGGGUUCUUCACAACGGAGGAGCUGGACCAGCUCAUCUACGACUACGAGGACAGCGUGAACGACAGCGACGUCGCCGCGGCUGCGCCCUGCCACUCCUGCAACCUGCUGGACGCGUCCUCGCUGCCCUUCUUCCUCCUGCUCAGCGUCCUGGGCCUCCUGGCCAACGCUGCUGUCCUCUCCGCCCUCCUCCGGCCCCUCUUCCGCUGGCGGCGCUGUGCUGACCGGCCCAUCCUGGCGCAACUGGCCGCGGGCAGCGCCCUCUUCAGCCUGGCACUGGCCCUGCUCGCACCAGGGCUGGGCGGUGCCCGCCCGGCCCCCCUGUGCCAGUUCGCCCACCUGGCUUGGCACAGCUCGGCCUUUGCCCAGGCGCUGCUGAUCACCAGCCGGGCCUGUCUGGGGCCCCGGCUGGGCGCAGGCUGGUUCCUGCGCCUGAUCCCGGCGGCUGUCUGGGCUGCGGCCAUCGUGCUGGGGCUGCCCAGUGCCCUGACCAGUGACUCCUCCGAGGGCUCCUGCCCCCCGGGCCAGGGCUGGGGGCUGCUUCACAAGCUCCACGUCUCCUCCUGCUGGGGUCUCUUCGUCCUGCUGCCUCUGGGCCUGCUGGGCGCCAAGGGACUGAAGAAGGCCCUGGGCAAGGGGCCGUGCCCGCGGGUGGACGUGCUGUGGAUCUGGUUCAUUUUCUGGUGGCCGUAUGGGGUGAUGCUGGGAGUGGACGACCUGGUGAGGUCCCAGGUGGUGGUUAUACGGUUAUGCCAGGCCCAGCAGGCCCAGGACCUGCUGCUGCAGCUGGCCGAAGGCCUGGCCAUGGUGCACUGUGUGGCCACCCCCUUGCUGCUGGCCCUGGCCUGCCACCGGGCUUCCCACCUUGCCACCCCACCGUUGCCGCCGGCUCCAGCUCCCCGCCCGGACGCCCUUGUAGGCAAAGCCUAACCCAAUAAAGUCUGUCCUGCUUCCCAGG